AUAUGCACGUCCGUCAGAGGGACUAUGGUGGCAGGCUGCUAAAGAUGGCUGCUCUCUCCGAGGAUGGGAGUUAUUCACUAAAUUGUGGCCGCAAUGCCGACAGAAUUAGCGUGUUGCAUGUCAGAUUGACAGAGACAGCCAUACGAGCGCUGGAAAACUACCAAAACUGUAAGAAUGUACCAUCCUCGCAGCCAACGAUACAUUUCCAAGGACUUCAAGGGCGCAUUAAGAUUCCAAAGACGGUUGCCUCUGAUGGGUCUCACACCUUUGAUUUUUACUUGUCCAAUGUUGGCAAGGACAAUCCUCAGGGAAGCUUUGAAUGCAUCCACCAAUACGUGUCCAGCUCUGGGCUUGCCCAGUUGUCCUCUCUGGGGACAGUUCAGGACAAAAUCACAGUGUGUGCCACCAACGACUCCUACCAGGUGACAAGAGAGCGCAUGACGCAGGCUGAAGAGGACACGCGCAAGAAAGCCACAAAGGUCAUCAAACCCGGGGGUCAGUUCACAGGUAAAAAGGUCCAGAUCCGAAAGCCAGCCCCCUCAGCCCCUGACCCGGUUCCAGAGCGGAAGCGCUCCACCCCCAUGAACCCAGCCAACACCAUCCGCAAGUGCCUUUCCAGUAACCCGGUGUCCCAGCGGCCGUACCGGGACCGCAUCGUCCACCUGCUGGCGCUGCGCUCCUACAAGAAGCUAGAGGUCUUGGCCAGGCUGCAGCGAGAUGGGGUCAGUCAGAAGGACCGCAACUCGCUGGGCAGCACCUUGCAGCAGAUUGCUAAUCUGAACCCGAAGGAUAACUCAUACUCACUAAAGGACUUCCUCUACCGCGAGGUCCAGAGGGACUGGCCGGGCUACUCCGAGGAUGAGCGCACUCAGUUGGACAGGAUCCUGACUCGUAAACUGGGCCUUCCCGCAGAUUCACUCUCAACCAGCACUUCUCCUAAAGAGCCAGCUUUACAACAGAAGUGCCAGCCUGGGGGUGACUUCAUUGAUCCUCUAAUGCCCAAGAAGCCACGUAUUUCCCACCUCAGUAACCGGAGCGCUGCAGGGUCAUCUGAGCGCCAAGUCCCUUUGGAGGCAGAGGAAAAGAGAGCCGCGCCCCCUGUCACUGCAGCCUGCCCUGGCCCCACCUCCCAGGCCCCAGUCUCCCAACCACCCUCUGGCUCUAACUCCAACUCCCCAAGCACACCUGAGGGGCGUGGCACACAAGACCUCCCCCUGGACCAGAGCUCCACGUGUGGGGAAGAGGCAGGGCAUUUCGCCCCCCGUGCCCUGACGCCCAGCCACCCUGGCCGGCCUGCCCUCGUCUCUUCCUCUUCGGCGGCCUCCAGCUCCUCCUCCUCCCACCCACCCUAUGCCACGCCCCCAGCAGCCAGCAGUAGCAAAAAGCCCAAAAAGAAGUCCAAGAAGCACAAAGAGAAGGAGCGUGAGAAGAAGAAGGAAAAAGUGCGACACAAGGAGAGCCAUGUUGAGGAGGACGAGAGGCCUAGGAAGAGACCUCGCGUGGAUGUAGAGGAGAAUCGCACACCAGCCAGCCGCCCUGGUUCGAAUACAGCACCCCACAGAGAAGACAGAACAAGCAAAUCUGACUUCACAGAACUGCCCACCCCGGUGAUUCCUGAUUACAUGGCUAAUUACACAGCAGUGGUAUCUGUGGACCAGAGGCAGCGCUACAAGGACGACUUCAACGCCGAGUAUGAUGAGUACCGUGUCCUUCACGCCCGCAUGGAGAACAUCACACGGCGCUUCACCCGUCUGGAUGCGCAGUGUAGACGCCUGCUGCCAGGAACCAAGGAGUAUCAGGAGGUGCAUGAAGAGGUGCUGCAGGAAUACAAAAAAGUGAAACAACACAACCCAAACUACCAUGCGGAGAAGCAACGAUGCGAGUACCUGCACAACAAGCUGGCCCACAUCAAGAGGCUCAUUGCAGACUUUGACCAGCGGAGGGCACAGUCCUGGCUUUAAGCGGUGGGAGCCAGCAAAGCCCUGCAGCCAAUCGAAGCUCUCCUCAGACCAAAGACCGCGCCAGAGGGAGCAAGGGGGAUCAAACUGUGUGUGUGUGUGUGUGUGUGUGUGUGUGUGUGUGUGUGUGUGUGUGCGCGCGCGCGCGUGUGUGCGUCCCCCAUUCCCGUUCCUGACAUCCCCUUUGACCAAUUCCCCGUUCACCACGUUUUACAAGUCUACAUUUCAUUCCUAGGCUCUUCUCCUUCCCAUUUCUCCAUCUUUCACUUUGCUGAAGUGUCGUUCCUCCUGACCACUGCCUCUGCUGUUUAAGAGAGGAAAGACACCUGCUAGUGAUGUCAUGCAUGUCUAGGGGAAUAACGUAGUCUACAGGCUUUUUUUCCCCUUUCUUCUUUGAAGGACUUAAAAGACAAAAAAGAGAGUUAAAAGAAUUUUCAAAGCAAAGAAAAU